AGUGAUAUUGAGAUUACAAAAGUUGUAUAACCCCCUCAGCAAACCUAUUGUCUGAUUGUCAGUUUGUGACAGGUAGACUUCGUUGGACUCGUUUUAAAUUUGGUGGGGUCACGAAACGUCGAAAUCUGCCGACAGCUCGAUAAUUUUAAUAGUUACAAAACCACACUUGAUACCACGAGCUUCGAACCGCUAAGCUAGUAAUACUAUGCACAUUUACUAAAUAGUCUGAAUAAUCAAAGAAUACGUUAACUGCAAGUACAAGACUAAAUAUACAGAGAGAAAAUGGAGGCUCUCAUCCCUGUGAUUAACAAGCUACAAGACGUCUUCAACACCGUUGGAUCAGACGCAAUACACCUACCGCAAAUUAUAGUUUUGGGAUCUCAGAGUUCUGGCAAAAGUUCAGUAAUUGAAAGCUUAGUAGGAAAGUCAUUUUUACCCAGAGGAAUUGGCAUUGUAACCCGUAGACCUUUAAUUUUGCAACUGGUUUAUUGUCCUAAAGAAGAUAAAGACCAUAGAUCAGCUCUAGAUGGUACUCUUGAAUUGGAUGAUUGGGGCAUAUUUUUACAUGCUAAGAAUAAGAUCUUCAAAAAUUUCGAUGAUAUCCGUAAAGAAAUUGAGGAGGAGACUGACAGAAUGGCCGGGGAAAAUAAGGGAAUUUGCCCGGAACCGAUCAACCUCAAGAUAUACUCCACCAAAGUGGUCAACUUGACGCUCGUCGAUUUGCCGGGCAUCACAAAAGUACCAGUAGGUGAUCAGCCUGAAGAUAUUGAACAACAAAUUCGUGAGCUCGUUUUGAAAUACAUUGCCAAUCCUAACUCUAUUAUCUUGGCUGUUGUAACGGCGAACACGGAUAUGGCAACUUCAGAGAGUUUAAAGAUUGCUAAAGAUGUGGAUACUGACGGGCGUAGAACGUUGGCUGUGGUAACAAAGUUAGAUUUGAUGGACGCCGGAACAGAUGCCAUCGAUAUCCUCUGCGGCAGAGUUAUACCUGUUAAACUUGGUAUUAUUGGCGUAGUAAACCGUUCUCAGCAGGACAUCAUGAAUAAUAAGAGUAUUAAAGAUACUUUGAAGGAUGAAGCUACCUUCUUGCAGAGCAAAUAUCCCACACUUGCAAAUAGAAACGGAACGCCAUAUUUAGCAAAGACAUUGAAUAGGUUGCUUAUGCAUCACAUAAGAGAUUGUUUGCCAGAUCUCAAGACGAGAGUUAAUUUAAUGAUGUCGCAAUUCCAAUCGCUUCUGUCAUCGUAUGGUGAAGAUAUAUCCGAUAAAAGCAAAACUUUGUUACAAAUUAUAACGAAGUUCGCGUCUGCUUACUGUUCCACUAUCGAAGGGACAGCUAGAAAUAUCGAAACUACUGAACUUUGCGGUGGUGCUAGAAUAUGUUACAUCUUUCACGAGACCUUUGGACGUACUUUAGAUUCGAUCCAUCCUUUGGCAGGUCUUACCAAAAUGGAUAUUUUAACUGCCAUAAGGAAUGCAAAUGGUCCGAGACCGGCACUCUUCGUUCCCGAGGUCUCGUUCGAGUUACUAGUCAAGAGACAAAUCCGAAGACUUGAAGAACCUUCUCAAAGAUGCGUCGAGUUGAUCCAUGAAGAAAUGCAAAGAAUUAUUCAGCAUUGUGGUAGCGAGGUGCAGCAAGAAAUGUUACGUUUCCCGAAACUAUACGAGCGCAUCGUGGAUGUAGUUACGCAAUUAUUAAGACGUCGUUUGCCGACUACUAAUGUUAUGGUUGAGAAUUUAGUGCAAAUCGAAUUGGCUUAUAUUAACACCAAACAUCCAGAUUUUUAUAAAGAUAUACAAAUGGUGCCUUCAAUGAUUAAAUCACAGGAUGGUAAUCGUGCCAAUCGUCCCAAGAGUAUGUUUGGUAAAUUCAAUCCUCAUGAAGCGGGCGUCGAAGAAUUGAUCAAUAAAAAAAUAGUCUCCAAACGAGAUCAAGUUGAUUUCUUUAAUUAUCUAUUUCACGUCUUACCUGUUACUAGCUAUAAUGAUUUCAUCAAACUUAUACAGGCGAGAUCAAAUAGUAAUCCUCAAUUGAAUGAUAAAGAUGCAACUGCUUGGGUCUCGAAUUUGGUACCGCAGAGCAGGGAAAUUGUUAAUGCAGAGCACCAAAACGGCGUCCAUGCAAAUGGAGCAGACGAUUUACGUUCAGUUUUAAGUCCAGUGAAACCCGUUAAUUUGCUGCCACAGAUUCCAAUAAACAGCAACAGUUACCGACAAUUAUCAGAGACUGAAGAACAUGAUUGCGAAAUUAUUGAACGACUCAUAAAGUCCUACUUUUACAUUGUAAGAAAGUCCAUUCAGGAUACAGUACCAAAAGCUGUUAUGCAUUUCUUGGUAAACUAUGUUAAGGAUAAUCUGCAAUCAGAACUUGUUACUCAUUUAUACAAAGCGGAUAAUGCAGAUAAACUAUUGGACGAAUCGGAGCAUAUCGCUGUGAGACGCAGAGAAGCUGCAGAUAUGCUUAAAGCACUACAGAGAGCCGCACACAUUAUAAGUGAAAUUAGGGAAACACAUAUGUGGUAAAAUAAAAAUAUUAAUUGUUGAUUGAGUAUUACAUUAAUAGACAUAAUGCAAAGUUGA